CAUUUCGCCGCCUUCCCUUGUUGGGGAAUCUAUGGCUCUUGAUUUUCCUUUUUAAUCUUUCCAUUUCUUAAUGUAUCAUCGGAGGAGAUUUGCGUCACAUGUUGGAGACUUCUGCAUAAAUUACCCGACGGAGCUUAAAAUCUUUGAGUUAAUAUAAAGAGCGGUUUCUAAUUUUUUUUAAACAUUGUUUUCACUGCAUUAAUUGAUUUGUAUCAAAUCAGAAAAAGUCACGCGUUACUGAAGUGAAAGUGACAAAUGAUUGUUUUAGUUUCAUUGCCACUUGCUGAAGUGGACUUUGACCAAAGUGUACUGUACAGUACAAUCAUAUUAGCAAUACUGUUGACGGGAAAAAACAGGCCCGAUAAAUUCCUAUCCAAAUUAUGGGAAAUGAUGCGAUGGCGGGCCUUGGCCAGAAUGGCCAGCGUUAGUCGGCGUCAAAUCAUGUACUAUGGUCUUCGUUGGGGAAUUCCUUUAACACAGCUUAAGAAACUUCUGUCGACUCGACAUAAGGUAGUGCGCAAAAGAUCCAGUGGUCGAAAGAAACGAGGGAAUAAAAAUGUUAAUCGCACGAUCGAGAUGUACCGUAUCAUGCCCCUAAAGGCAAUAUCCAGAGCAUGGGGGAAAUUCAACCAAUUAGAUUUGCCAGUCAUGUUGAGGCGCCCCCUGCUGGGACUAUACGUCUGGAUGUUCGACUGCAAGCUGGACGAAGCCAUGGAACCGGAACUGAAGAACUAUCGCAACCUUGGUGAAUUCUUUAGACGUAUCCUUAAGCCAGACGUUAGGCUGGUUUCACCGAAAGAGGAACUGACGAAUCCAGCAGACGGCAAGAUCCUCCAUUUUGGAGAAGUGACAAAUGGUAUUUUAGAACAAGUCAAAGGCGUGAAUUACUCUAUCAAACAUUUUCUGGGCCCCCAGACCUGGAUGACGGACGCUUGCGAGUCCAAACUAACAUCGAACCAGACAGACGAGGAAUAUUUUAAAGGACUGAACCUGAAACCUGGAAACAAACUGUACCACUGUGUUGUGUACUUAGCACCAGGGGACUACCACAGAUUUCACUCCGCCACAAAGUGGACUAUCAACUACAGACGCCAUUUCCCUGGAGAACUACUAAGCGUGAAUCCGGGCGUUGCCCGCUGGAUCCAUGGACUGUUUGUCCUUAAUGAACGAGUGACGUACAUGGGGGAGUGGGAACAUGGAUUCUUCUCCUAUACAGCAGUAGGCGCCACAAAUGUCGGCUCCAUCAAGAUCUACAGUGAUCAGGAAAUGAUGACGAAUGUAAAACAUCACCCGGACACCCGCCGUACCCCUGGGGUGUACUUCGAUAAGGAUUUCCGUCAGAAUCCAGUCCACAUAGGGAAAGGAGAAAUGUUUGGCGAGUUCAACCUUGGGUCCACUGUAGUGUUGGUAUUUGAAGCCCCGCAAAACUUUGCGUUCAACGUCAACAACGACCAGAAAGUCCGCAUGGGGGAACCAAUGGGCACCUGCAGAGCCGUGUAAAGCAACCAUGACGUUCCGGAAGUAGAAAAUUAACCAAUGGGCACCUGCAGAGCUGUGUAAAGCAACCAUGACGUUCCGGAAGUGGAAAAUGCUAUGUCUGUGAUAAGCUGAACUUGUACAAGAACAAUUUUUUUUCAUUUGAAAUGAAAAACUAAUCUUAUAAUUUCAUAUUGAAAUGUUGAAGUGUAAACUACUUUUAUAAUAAAUUGACAUAAAUGUAA